AUGCUUAAGCAAGAACAAAAGGAUAUUGCAUCAGUCACUAAGCAACAUCCCUUUCAAGUCUCGUCUUCUUCAUCAAGUAAUGAUGAGGCAGAUUUAUCAACUUUUUCAUUACCUACAUCCUCAACAACCAAAGAACCUUUACUUUUAAACGAUAAUUUGGCUAUUAGUCUUGAUGUUGCGAAGUUAAGUAAUCGAAAAGCAACCGCAGUCCUGACGACUACCCUUCAAAGCCUCGGCUGUGAUCCUUCAAUAUAUAAUAUUAAUCCUUCUUCUGUUCGUCGACAGCGAAUGAAAAUUCGACAGAAAAAUGCCGAGUCUUUGAAGAGUGAGUUUAGGGCAGAAGUGCCCCUUACCAUUCAUUGGGAUGGAAAAAUGAUAGAAGAUAUCAGCGGACAUGAAAUCGUAGAUCGUCUUCCAAUUAUCGUGCCAAAACUUUCUUGCGGGACAGGAGACUCAGCUGCUUCAGCCGUUUAUGAAACAUUAUUAACGUGGGGGCUCGACGACCAAAUAAAAUGCAUGAGUUUUGAUACGACUGCAACUAAUACUGGACCAAGGAAUGGAGCAUGCAUUUUGCUAGAACAAAAGAUAAAAAAGGAUAUGUUGUGGUUGGCCUGUCGUCACCACAUUAUGGAAAUCAUGCUCGAGGCUGUGCUUCUUCAAGCACUUGGACCUUCGACAGAAAACGUAUAUUCUUCUGUUUACAACGCUGCAAUAGCAAUCAACCGGAGUAAAAAUUGA